AUAGGUUUGAGACUGAUUGGAGGAAGUUGGCCUGGAGAGGGCAGAGUGGAGAUUUAUUACAACGGUACCUGGGGAACGGUUUGUGACGAUAAUUGGGAUAAAAAUGAUGCUCGAGUUGUCUGUCGUCAAGUUGGGUAUUUGUAUGUUGUCAGUGCUCCACACAGUGCACGGUUUGGGCAAGGAAGUGGAAAGAUUUGGCUGGACGAUGUUCAGUGUCAGGGGAAUGAAAGUUCCAUUGUGAAUUGUCGACGCCGCCCAUUGGGUGAGCAUAACUGUGGACACAGUGAGGAUGCAUCAGUGAUCUGUUCAAGUAAGUAAUAAAUAGAUUGUAAUUAUAAUUAUUAUAGCUCCUCUUAGAGUUCAGCCGAAUGUCAGUUACAAUGGACCCUCUCAGGACUCAGAUUCCGAGGCAGAAUAAAAAAUGCAGUUUUAUUUGUUAGUUAAUUAUUAACAAACCCCAGCCCAUUGCCUCCAUUUAGAGCGGACACCUCUGUUCAUGCUAAACUAGCCUUGGACCAAAGAAUUUCCCGAUAUUUUGGGUGGGCAAGCUGUUGUAAUACGUAGUUUGUGUGAUUCUAUUUAUCAUUAGAAAUAAUGAAUUCACUGACUAUAUAAUUGUAGACCCAUUGGAAUAGUUUACAUUGUGCAAUGGAGGAUCUAUUACUUGACAGGCGUCACAUGAGUGUGACUAUUUCAAACUGUUCCACAGACAAUUUUUCCUAAUCUUAUUAGCUUGCAGUUCAUAGUAUUUCCAUUAAAAUUUCACCUACGCAGCCAUUUGUACAAAGCUCUAGUCACAAGUUAACUACUAAAUGAUAUAUCACAGCAUGAUUUGUGUAAUACAUAAGGGGCUUUGCAAUCAUCCCCUCACUCUCACCUUUGAUUCGCCACUGCUGUUUAAACUUGAUUCAGCGCUAGCAUCUUUGAGACUGAUUGGAGGAAGUGGGCCUGGAGAGGGAAGAGUGGAGAUCUAUUACAACGAUACCUGGGGAACUGUUUGUGACGAUAAUUGGGAUAAAAAUGAUGCUCGAGUUGUCUGUCGUCAACUUGGGUAUUCGUUUGCUGUCAGUGCUCCACACAGUGCACGGUUUGGCCAAGGAAGUGGAAAGAUUUGGCUGGACGAUGUUCAGUGUCAGGGAAAUGAAAGUUCCAUUGGGAAUUGUCGACACCGUCCAUGGGGUGAGAAUAACUGUGGACACCAUGAGGAUGCAUCAGUGAUCUGUUCAAGUAAGCGUAUUAAUAAAUAGAUUGUAAUUCAUAAUUAUUAUAGCUUUUAUUAGAGUUGAGCCGAAUGUCAAUUACAAUGGACCCUCUAGGGACAUCUCCGUAUUGAAGGGAAAAUUUAGGGGAGUCCCAGGAAAGUGUUCACAUACAGAACCUUUUUAUUUGUUUCCUCUAGUGAAGGGACCUCUCUAUUCUGGGGAAAGGAACACUUUUUCUGGAUCCCGAAACCCGGCUUUAAACUCCAUUCAAGGGACAUCUUAAUAAGCACCCAAAAGUUGACUAACGACAAAAUUCGUUGAUGGGUGAUUCAAUGUUGCGGACAUUACAUUCAGAUACUAAAAUCAACAAUUUAAACCCCAAUUCAAAUGUCAAAAUGUUCUACACUGGUGUUCAAACAUAUCUAGAAAGUAACUUUAGUGUUCCCUAUGUACUUAAUAGCGAGGGAUAAACGAACAUCUACUGAAAACCUCAGGUGCUGAUGUUUUAUCCUCUUCGAAAAAUCCCAGAAAACCUAAAGGGAGUGGCAUCCACCUUCCACCCCUUGUAUGUCCGAGGGUUAAAGUGUUAUUUCUUUGAGGAAGGAAACUUAUGGCAAAGGAUAGAUGUGCAGCCCAUCACCCCUUGAAGUUUUCCACUAAGCUGAUAACUUAAGUAUCCAAAAGGCUGGUGUCCAUUAAUUAAUUAAUUACUUGUUACGGUGCCGUGUAAUCGACAGGGAAACCAAGUUCGCAUUUACAGUAAAACGUUUGGUGAUCUUAUCAGUACGCAUGAUAUUCAUUUGGCAAACAAUGGUGAAAUAAACGACCACAGGAGCCGAUCGGCUCCUGACGGUCAUGUUGCAUAAACAAACAAGAGUUAAUGAAGUUUAAGUGGCAAUCAAAUGAUGCAUUCUUACAAGUUUUACUCUUUCCCAUGGGAUCAAAGUCUUGAAACUUGGUGAAAUACAUAAAAAAUAUUAAUAAUUAACAAGCGUUUUUACUUAUUAACUGAGAUUUUCGCAUAACCAACAAAAUUCAAGAAGUUUAACCGACUACCGACAAAGAUCGAAAAUUUUAACCGACUACCGACAAAGUAACUGAAUUUUAACCGACAACCGACAAAUGGACCCCCCCAUUCAGACCCUCUUAAUAAACAGAUGCUUUAGUGAGCUCUCAUGACCUUGAAGAUAUGAGUUGAGGAAACUGUGUUUCGGACAUUACAUUUUUAAAAAACCACUUUUUAAAAUAACUUUCUUUAAAGAUAUUGCACUGUGAAUUUUUAAGCUAGAGCAGAAAAUAAUUGUACCUUCAAAACAUUGCAAUAAUCAAAUUUUUUAACCGUCAAAAAAAAAAUUCCAUGCAACCUCGUUCCAAUGAUGUCUACUCAUAAAGUUAUAUAGCCUCGGUAUUGAGAGUAAACUUCUUAACUGGUUGAGGCAUUUCCUCACGUGUAGAAAGCAACGAGUUGUUGUAAGAGGGACUUUUUCUGAUUGGGCACCUGUGAUAUCUGGUACCCCACAGGGAACUAUUCUUGGUCCAAUUUUAUUCCUAUCAUAUAUAAAUGAUAUCGUUGAUAGUGUCUCUUCAAAAAUUAAAUUAUUUGCGGAUGACACUAAGAUUUACAGAGAGCUUCGCAACCCUAGUCUCGAUGAACAAUACCUUCAAACUGAUUUGAAUAAUCUUGGUAAAUGGGCGAAUAAAUGGCAACUUCGUUUCAAUGAGGAAAAGUGUGAAGCAAUGCGAAUAACGCAUUCUCGUGACAAAUCGACUACGAAUUAUAAACUAGGUACGGCCUUAAAAGAUGUCAAGAGCUUUAAAGAUCUUGGAAUUAUUAUAUCAAAAGAUCUUACUUGGAGUGAACAUAUUAGUACCAUGGUGAAUAAGGCGAACCAAGUCCUAGGGCUAAUAAGACGGUCUGUUGGAACAGCUAAUACAACAACUUUUUCAUUGCUUUACAAAACAUUGGUCAGACCACUUCUAGAGUAUGCUGCUCCAGUCUGGAACCCAUAUCUUGUCAAAGAUAUUCAUGCAAUAGAGAGCGUGCAAAGACGCGCGUCAAGAUUAGCUCUUAGGCAAAAAAGAGGUGAUAUGUCUUAUGAAGAGCGUUGUGACUCGUUACAUUGGCCAUCUUUGUCCAGUCGUAGGACAUAUUCCUCUUUGUUGAAUGUUAUAAGAUCGUGUUUGGCUUAUCACACUUGGAUUUUGAGGAAUUCUUUCAAUUCGCAAAAGUCAAAUCCACUAGGGCAAAUCACUCGUAUAAGCUUUAUUGUAAAUUAUCUAGAAUCAACUGUUUUAAAUAUUCUUUUUUUAACAAUGUAAUUAGUUACUGGAACAAUUUACCUAGUAAUGUUGUUGAAGCCGGUUCCCUUGAACUUUUUAAAUGUAAACUCAAAUCCUUUUUAAAGUUGUAAUUUUUAUUGUAAUUUUUAUUGUAAUUUUUAUUGUGUGUUGUUUUUAGGAGAGUUUUAUUCAUAGGGUUAACCUCUAGACUCUCCCUUUCAAAUUCAUGUGGUCAUUAUGAGUUUGAAUAAACAUGUAUGUAUGUUAUGUAUGUUAAUGAUUCUACAAACAAACGUUUGUGUUGCGGACAUUACACAAAAAUGUUGCUGACAUUACAGUUUGGGAACACAUUUUUUAUCUUUCACUUUCUAGUCAGUGUUCCUCCCUGUGGCUAUGUCAAUUUUUUUCUGUAGUUACUUGUCUAAAAAUGAAGCUGUGAAAUUAUUAUUUGCUUUAUUUAAUAUGUUCUAUUACAAUAUUAUAUAAUCUCCUGCUGACCUAGUAUCAUGCAAUGCCAGUCAGAUUUUUUUCUUCUAUACUGACUCCUUAAAAUGAUUUCAAAAUUAAUUUUAUUACAUCUCAAGUAAAUGUUGUCAGAAAAGAAACCCUCAGUAGUGAGAUCUUUUUUUUCCGAAACUGAUUUAGCUUAACUGAAAUUAUAAUUUCUUGUCAUUCAGUCUGACUUAAAUACAGAUAAAAUGUAAAUCUGCACUAAAAUUGCAAAUUGUCCACCACAUUAAGAUUAUUACAUUACAAAUUCUACUUCAAAACUAAUACUCAUUCAAGAGUGAGUAGAAAAUCAGAAGAAGCAAUGAUUGUUUUCCUCAAAGAGCAUACUUAAAACAAACAGUUCUGGGCUUGCUCAACAGUACAAAACCCCUGACCAGCUACUCAAUUUCUCCUUUUCCAACCCUCAAAAUAAAAAUUCAUAGUAGUCGAUUGUAAAAAAGGUCAAUUGCAGUGCUUAAGAUAAGCACUGAAAGGUCAAGAAAAUUUGUAAAAAAGUUGAAAGAGGAUUCUAAGUUGUAUGAAGUCUAUAAAACCAAUGUGUAAUGUCCGCAGCACUUUUCAACUUAUAAUUUUUGAGCAGAGAAAGCUGACCCUGGAAAUAUUUUGAGAUUAAAAUAAAGUAUACAUUAGACUAACUGAGCAGCAUCAAUAGCACAUGAAAAUACAGUGAACUGUGUAGAGGAACUGAAAAAAGGUACCUUAAUGUUGCGGACAUUACGUAAUGUCCACAACACAAAUUCAAUGUCUAUUCUCUUAGGAAAGUACCAGUACCUGGAUAUAAUAAUUUAUGGCCUAAUGAUAGUGUGAGACAAAGGUUAUACACACAAACUUUUGUUUAUUGUCAUGCUUUCUUAGAUGUAAAAACUUUGUUGAAAAUUUCCUUCCAAAAAUUCCAAAUAUGAUGAGAUUCAAAUUCACCAGAUUUAAUGCCUUCUCACAUUAAGCACAUGGACAAGAUGCUCAAGAUCUCAGUAAUUUCAAAUACCCCAUCGUCUCAACUUUUUGUUGGUACAAGCUUUAUUGCGCAAAAUUUUAUUUUAAAAAGUUCAAAAUUUCAUUGUCUCGCGUGGAAUUGCCCUGAUAAGUUUAAGUGUUCACUAGUCACAAUGGCGACAGCUUUCAAAAAAUGAACUAUCUCACUUGAAAACGAUGUAUGACACUUGUGAGAUUUCAAUACAAUACAUCACAGAAAUAAUGUAUCGGUCAAAUCGAAGCUUCAACAUACCCCCCCCCCGGGCAACCCCCCGGGAAUUUGACUUUUUUGAAAAUUAUUGUUCAAAUUCCCCCCUACCCGGGCCAAAAUGCCGUUCAAAUGCCCCUCACUGGGGUCCAUUCAGGUGAUCAAAUGCCCCCACCCCGGGGACAUUUCAAAGACACAAAAAUGACAGAAGGACGGCAGAACCGCCUUCGAUUGUCAAACAAAAUCUUUAUAAAUAUAACAAAAACUGAGAAACACUGUUAGCGUAUUUACUGCGAACAAAAUUCUCUUGCAAAGCGGCGGAAAUCGCUGCUACAAGGUCACUGAAUUCUCAGCUUUUCUUAGUCAUGUAACAUACAAAGCGUUCUAUAAAAAAGAUCCUACCUAUUAUAUCUAUCAUCGCUCACCUUAUUAAUUAACUUACUUGCAGUUGGUCAAAGUAGCUUUUUAUUUUAUUUUAUUCUAUGUUGUUGUAUUGAAUCGCCAGUAGAGGUAUAGAAAUACGUUCAUACAUUCAAAGCCUGAAUCCAAUAUUAAAAAUUUUGAAAUUUAAAUACUUCAAAUACGCCACAAAGCUUGUUUAAGGCCUUUCCUCGUAACCAAUUGGCCACAAAGGUACAAUCUUUUCCACGAAAAUCCUCUAACACCGGGUCCCCCAUUGCUCGCCACGCCAAAGAUUUUACAUGAAAUCGAGGGUGCAGUUCAAAUUCCCCACCCCUAAAGCAUGGGGAUCAAAUUCCCCACCCCCUGGAAAACUCUGAUAAUCAAAUUCCCUCCUCCCCGGGACGGCAAAGGUGUCAAAUGCCCGGGGUUUGCCCGGGGGGGGGGGGCAUGUUGAAGCUUCGAUUUGACCGAUACAUAAGUUAAUCAGGAUUUUUUCUCCAUUAUCUAGAUGCUUGAAAUAACGACUGCAGCAGAUUCCGAGGAAGAAUAAAAAAUGCAGUUUUAUUUGUUAAUUAAUUAUUUACAAACCCCAGCCCAACCUCCAUUCAGGGCGGACACCUCUGUUCAGGCUAAGCUUGCCUUGGACCCGACAAUUUCCCGAUAUUAUGGGUGGGCAAGCUGUUGUAAUAUGUAGUUUGUGUGAUUCUAUUUAUUAUUAGAAAUAAUGAAAUUACUGACUUUAUAAUUGUAGACCUGAAACAUAUAGAUGAAAUUAUUCCUAAGGCGUCCGCGCAAAUUAGAAGAGAAUUGAAUUGAACAAAUAGACCGAUUGGAAUAGUUUACAUUGGGCAAAGCAGGAUCUAUUACUUGACAGGCGUCACAUGAGUGUGACUAUUUGAAACUGUUCCCGGGGUUUUUUAUUUUUCUUACUCCUAUUAGCUUGCAGUUCAUAGUAUUUCCAUUAAAAUUUUACCUACGCAGCCAUUUGCAUAAACCUCUAGUCACAAAUCGCUUAAUUAACUACUAAAUGAUAUAUCACAGCAUGAUUGGAGUAAUACAUAAGGGGCUUUGCAAUGAUCCCUGCACUCUCACCUUUGAUUCGCCACUGUUGUUCAAACUUGAUUCAGCGUUGCAAAGAAAGAAUUCAACUGUCGCCAUUGCAAAUAUUUUGCUUUUUUUUGCUUUGAGGGUUUGAUAUCUGGACUUGAUUAAAUUUGCGCGGACGUCUUAGGAAUAGGACUUCCGUAUAAUUACAACCACUAAAAAUAAAUUUGGUGAAAUUCACAUAUCCACGCCAACACCUUAAGAUUCCCUCUCUGCCUGUCCCAUUAAACUCUCUUGGCUGGUAUAUCGAGGUGUUUUCACGGACGGUUAUAUUUUUAAAUCAAGUUUCGCAGGGAAAUUCAAGUUAAGUUCUGUUCCUCAUUAAUACGGUAAUCGAAGAGGUAGCUGAAAGACGGCCUUAUACCGGUCUCUUGGUGGUUGCUCCUUCAAAAUGAAAAUUCCUACCCUCGUUCUAUUACAUUUCGCAGUAUUCCCCUAUUUCUUUGCACACUUAAGUCGAAUAGCAUCGUAGAGGUUCUGUUCUGAGAUUAAACAAAAAUAAGAAGUUUUCCAUUUUAAAAUACUCCGUGUGCAUGACAGGAUAACAGAUGGGGAAAUAGAGUUGUUUGUUUUUUUUGCUUUGUUUGUUUGUUCUCCAAAACCCCAAUAAGAAUUUACCUCUAACUUAUGCACUAGCAACUUUGAGAUUGAUUGGAGGAAGUGGGCCUGGAGAGGGCAGAGUGGAGAUCUAUUACAGAGGUACCUGGGGAACUGUUUGUGACGAUCAUUGGGAUAAAAAUGAUUCUCUAGUUGUCUGUCGUCAACUUGGGUAUUCGUCUGUUGUCAGUGCUCCACACAGUGCACGGUUUGGUCAAGGAAGUGGAAAGAUUUGGCUGGACAAUGUUCAGUGUCAAGGAAAUGAAAGUUCCUUUGUGAAUUGUCGACACAGUCCAUGGGGUGUGCAUAACUGUGGACACAGUGAGGAUGCAUCAGUGAUCUGUUCAAGUAAGCAUAUUAAUAAAUAGAUUGUAAUUUAUAAUUAUUAUGGCUUUUAUUAGAGUUCAGCCGAAUGUCAAUUACCAAUGGACCCUCCCGGGACACCUCCGUAUUGAAGGGAAAAUUCAGGGGAGUCCCAGAAAAAUGUUCACAUACGUAACCUUUUUAUUUGUUACCUCUAUUGAAGGGAUGUCUCUGUUAAGGGAAAGGAACACUUUUUCUGGGUCCCGAAACCCGGCUUUAACCUCCAUUCAAGAGACAUUUUAAUCAGCACCAAAAAGCUGAUUAACGGCAAAAUUCGUUGAUAAGUUCAAGUGUUCACUAGUCACAAUGGCGACAGCUUUCAAAACAUGAACUGACUUGAAAACGAUGUAUUACACUUGUGAGACUUCAACACACCACAUCACAAAAAUAAGUUAAUCAGGAUUUUUUUGUACAUUAUGUAGAUGCUUGAAAUAAUGACUGCAGCAGAUUCCGAGGCAGAAUAAAAAAUGCAGAUUUAUUUGUUUGUUAAUUAUUAACAAACCCCAGCCCAACCUCCAUUCAGGGCGCUCAUCUCUGUUCAGGCCAAACUUGCCUUGGACCCGAGAAUUUCCCGAUAGUUUGGGUGUGAAGCUGUUGUAAUAUGUAGUUUUUGUGAUUCUAUUUAACAAAUAGAUUCCAUUUGGCCGUGCGUCUGUUCAGUUAUAGAUCACAGAUGACGUCAAAAUGUGGUAAGAACAGAAAAGUGGCAUUUUGACGUCCUCUGUGAUCUAUAACUGAACAGACGCACGGCCCAAUGGAAUCUAUUUGUUUUAUAUGAUAAAGAAACAAAAAUUAUUAAAAGCAUUUUUAUUUCGAAAGAAGAUACAAAGCAGGGUCGUGAUGGGUUUUUGAUGACGUCAAUCGUGCAUCUGUCCUCUAAUAGAUCAUAAGUAAGGACCAAUCAAAAUGCAUGAAUUACUGACUUUAUUAUAUAAUUAUUAUUAGAAAUAAUGAAAUUACUGACUAUAUAAUUGUAGACCCAUUGGAACAGUUUACAUUUUGCAAAGCAGGAUCUAUUACUUGACAGGCGUCACAUGAGUUGACUAUUUCAAACUGUUCCACAGAUAAUUUUUUCCUACUCCUAUUAGCUUGCAGUUCAUAGUAUUUCCAUCAAAAUUUCACCUACGCAGCCAUUUGCAUAAACCACUAGUCACAAAUCGCUUAAUUAACUACUAAAUGAUAUAUCACAGCAUGAUUGGAGUAAUACAUAAGGGACUUUGCAAUGAUCCCCGUACUCUCGCCUUUGAUUCGCCACUAUUGUGCAAACUUCAUUCAGCGUUGCAAAGAAAGAAUUCAACUGCCGCCAUUGCAAAUAUUUUGAAGGAUUGAUUUCUGGACUUGAUUAAAUUUGCGCGGAUGCCUUAGGAAUAAGACUUCCGUAUAAUUAAAACCACUAAAAAUAAAUUUAGUGAAAUUCACAUAUCCACGCCAACACCUUAAAGGGACUGGUUCACGAUAAUGCGUAUGUGUGAGUUCUGACAGUAGCGGAUUGUUUUUAAACCAACCGGAAGCGAGUUAGAUGCACGCAAGUAAAUUUACAAAAUUCAAAUUCAUUGUUCGCGACGCGAGAGUAUUUCCGGACAUUUGAUUUGAUUUUAUAUAUCUCCAUAAUUCAAGUUCAUUCUUUGCUACUCCUCAGAUAUAUGUUGCAGCCGAUAAGAAUAAGAUUUACAGCCCUGUCCUGCUUUGAAACAAACAUUUACCAACGUGUAUUUUUACGAGGCCGUACCCUCGCUAACAAAGCAGUCACCGAUCGGCAAACAAAAUUUGUAAACAAACAUUUUAUUACUGUUCUCUCAGUUCGCCUUAUAUAAACCCAGAAAUACCUACAAAUAGCGCCGGACCGGUGACAAAAACACACAACGUAUGAGUAUAAAGAUUAACCUUAAUUGAGCAUAAAUUUGAAUUGCUUAUCAGCCAAUGAACAAAUUCAUUCGCGUUGCAUCGGGUCAGUGUUCCGCAAAACAAAUGUUAUCGAGUAGCACACAUAAAGAAACUAGAUUAUAAACAGAAUAUUCGAGCAAUAAUUUAUUUUAAAAACAUCAAUUCUUAAACAUAUGCAAUCGUAAAGCAAAGAUACAAGGAACAUUUAAAGUGUACCAGAUCGGUAGUUAUAACGCAACAGGCCGCGCGAUCUUCACAGGUCGGAGUCAAAAAUCAAAUCAAAGUUGAACGAACUCAUGCGUUUAACCACUCUCCAAGUGUCGUGUAUUCUUUUCGUAAGCCACACUCUACUCCUAGAACCAUACCAGAUCAAUCGGCUAAGCUUCUCUGUCUCCAAAGACUCUUGAGAACGUCCUGGUGCCAGACGGCCACGAUGCUCUUCUGAACCUCCAUGAUCAAAACAUCAUUUUUUUGCGUCUUCUUAAAACUUAACCAGUCAAACAACACAACCACACGUCAAUCACCACUACAGAAGUAUAACUAGGCCAACCAAAGCGACGGAUGUCGGAAUAAAACGAAGGAUUUUCAAUGAAUGUACCAGUAAUGGCGAUUUCGAAUUUAGUGUUGACCCGACAAUUUUUUUCUGAAGAGGCAAACGGCGCGCAUGUGCAUAACCGUGAUCGCGUCCCCUUAAGAUUCCCUCUCUGCCGGUAACAUUUAACUCUCUUGGCUAGUAUAUGAAGGCGUUUUCACAGACGGUUUUAUUUUUAAAUCAAGUUUCGCGGGGAAAUUCAAGUUAAGUUCUGUUCCUCAUUAAUACGGUCAUCGAAAAGGUAGUUGAAAGAUGACGGCCUUAUACCGGUCUCUUGGUGGUUGCUCUUUCAAAAUGAAAAUUCCUACACUCGUUCUAAUACAUUUUGCAGUAUUCCCCUAUUUCUUUUCACAUUUCAGUCGAAUAACAUCGUAGAAGUUCUGUGCGGAGAUUAAACAAAACUAUGAAGUUUUCCAUUUAAAAAUAUUCUGUGUGCAUGACAGGAUAGCAGAUGGGGAAAUAGAGUUGUUUGUUUCUUCGCUUUGUCUGCUUGCUUUUCAAAACCCAAAUAAGAAUUUGCCUCUACCUUAUACACUAGCAACUUUGAGACUGAUUGGAGGAAGUGGGCCUGGAGAGGGCAGAGUGGAGAUCUAUUACAGAGGUACCUGGGGAACUGUUUGUGACGAUCAUUGGGAUAAAAAUGAUUCUCUAGUUGUCUGUCGUCAACUUGGGUAUUCGUCUGUUGUCAGUGCUCCACACAGUGCACGGUUUGGUCAAGGAAGUGGAAAGAUUUGGCUGGACGAUGUUCAGUGUCAGGGAAAUGAAAGUUCCAUUGUGAAUUGUCGACACAGUCCAUGGGGUGUGCAUAACUGUGGACACCAUGAGGAUGCAUCAGUGAUCUGUUCAAGUAAGCGUAUUAAUAAAUAG